CCGAAGCCCGCCGUCUCCGGGGGGGUCUUUAGAAAGGGAGAGGGAAGCAGGAGCUGGCCUCGCUCUCCACGAUCGGUGCGCAGGUUUGAGCUGCAGCCAGGACAGACCGGUGAAUGUCUGGGAGAGUCGGGAAGUGAUGCCUCCCUGCGGAGGAGGGUUCUUACUUCCACGCAACAGAAGACGAAACCUGCGGGGCUUCUUUCCUUGCUGCUUCCUCCCAAGUAUUCUUGGGAGCGAUUCGCCGACUUGCACGCUCCUUUUGGGUUAUUUAUUUAUUUAUUAUUAUUAUUUUUAUUCCGGGAGGUGCUGCUGCUGCUGCUGCUACUUGAGUUCCGAAACCCGAGUGGGCGGAGGCGGGCGGAUAACCUCAUUCCCUCCUUCUCCCUCUCGCCCCCCACUUUUUUUUUUUUUUUCCUUUUCUUUCUCGUUAUUGCUAAAUGACUUUCAAUUAAGAGCAUAGCCGGCUAUUAUGCAGCAGAGACGGAAGACGUGCGGUUAGCGUGGAAAAAAAAAAAAGAAGAAGAUCUGGCAGGCUCUUCCCACUUGUUUCAAAUCCUCGUCUCGGGGACUGGGAAAGGUGUCAGGACUGUCCUCUUUAACAAGACCUUUUUGGGUUGAAGGAGGGUUGAUCUGCAUGACAAGCCUGCUCUAGUUGAAGGAGAGUCAGUUGGGCCAGAUGCGUCAUGCCCAGGCCACGCCCACCCCAGCUCAGUGAAAGAGAAAAAGUCACGAUACAUCACGUGGUGACAAUGUGACGCGCAGGCAUCCUGCUUCUGAUGGGUUACUGAAGUGGGAGGAGCUUCGUCCCUCUGCCUCUUCCCUCUUGCAACUGAGUGUCUUGCCACAAUUGGCUCAGAUUCCUUAAAGGGCAGAAGUUGGCUUCUCAGUAUACCACGAAAGAAGGGAGCAGCAUUUCCAUUACUUUAAAGGUUGAAUUCUGAUUCCCGAGGAAACAGAAGUAUCUUCCCUGCCAGUUAACCUCAAUAUCCUCAUGCAAAUCAGUUUCCUCACCCCCUUCCGUCUAAACUGAUGAUGUGGAUUCCAUCAUAGCUUGAGCUUUUGAUUUCCAAUUUCAGAAGAUGGGCUCAUUCCGAAAGCCCCGGCCACGUUUCAUGAGCUCCCCAGUGCUGAGUGAUUUGCCACGAUUCUUGGCAGCUCGGCAAUCUCUGCAGUUCAGAUCGAACUCUGCCUGGAACAGUGUUCAAACAGCAGUGAUCAAUGUCUUCAAAGGGGGAGGCCUGCAAAACAAUGAACUCUACAUCCUCAACGAAAAUGUCAGGCAGUUGUUGAAGAGUGAGCUUGGAUCCUUCAUCACAGACUAUUUUCAGAACCAGCUUCUUUCAAAAGGUUUGCUAUACAUAGAAGAAAAAGUUAAGUUUUGUGAAGGAGAAGAUCGUAUCCAUGUAUUAUCUGAAACCUGGGAUCACUUCUUCACAGAAACUCUUCCUACACUACAGGCUAUAUUUUACCCUGUUCAGGGUCAAGAAUUGACCAUUCGUCAGAUUUCCUUGCUUGGCUUCCGAGACUUGGUCUUAUUAAGAGUAAAGUUGGAUGAGAUUCUUCCUCUGAUCCAAAGUAACCUUCCACCCUCCAUUAUCCAGAUGCUGCUAAUUUUACAGGGAGUCCAUGAACCUACAGGUCCCACUAAGGCCUUUAUACAACUAGAAGAACUUGUAAAACUGGUAGUUUCCCCAUACCUUGGUUUGUGCGAAGAACAUUGCUUCCCUGGCAGUACCUGUGCCCUGGAGAGACGGUAUUACAGAUCUCGUUACAAACCCAACGGGCUAAGCAUUUCUUCUCACACAGUGGCAACCCGACAGGUCAGUGAGACCGCCUUGACACCCCUGACUGAACAGGAAGGCGAGGCUUACCUUGAGAAGUGUGGGAGCAUCCGCCGGCAUACUGUCGCCAAUGCUCAUUCUGAUAUCCAACUGUUGGCCAUGGCUUCCAUUAUGCACUCAGGCAUGCUAGCAGAAGAACCAGACAAUGGCGACCAAUGUCUCCUCUUGCAACCCAGUUUGAACCACAGACAGUUUUCUAGUGAGCCCAGCAUAGCAGAUGGACCAGAAGAACUGGCCACCUCAGUCAUGGAGGAGCCUGCAGAACUGAAUUGCACAUCUGUCUGUUGAAACAAAGGAACAGAACACUCCUGCACAGCAGAGGAAGCCGAUGUUACUUUUCAUGCUGCUUAGAUCAAGAAUUAGAUCUACAGGGCAUAUCCUGAAGCUGAUUGUGUUCUUAGGCUCUAAUAUUAUGAGGGUCCUUUCUGUGGACUACAAAGGUACAAAGUUGUUUCAGCUGAAACAUUCCAAUGUUGUCUCAGAGCAAUGGUUUCUCAGAGUUUGUUUUUCUAGCUAGAUUUUCGUGCCCUCAGCUGCAUUCCGUUUUUGUCUUAUCUGGAGGGUUAACAUUGUAAUCCUAGUUUUAUUCUGCCUUGCAGAUUGGGAAGAUGAACUCCAAUGUUAGCGACAGGCAGUUAUUUCUUCUCAAUUGCGAUGUCUUGUGAAAAAUACAAGGAAGCCAAGGUUGUUGCAGUGGUACAUCCCUUUGUAGGACAAUGAACCAUUUUCAUUAUAAUAUGGUGUACACCUAAACUAUAAAAAUAGGAGCAGUAAAACUUCUUCCACUCUCUAUCAUCAGAGCUGGUCAGAGUAACAAACUCUAUUCUGGGUGAUAGAGUCACCCAAAAUGAAAGCAGUAGCCUAAAACAAAACUACUGUGGCUAGCAUAUUGUUUUGAUGUUUUGAUUGCAGUACAUCUCAGGAAUUACUCAAAUUAUUUUCAGAAAACUACUAAAAGCAGGCCUUUAGGGAAGGUAUCUGACUGCUUGCCAAACACAACACCAGUGCUGAGCUGGUAAGUAUGCAAUAAUGAUUUUGAGCUACUAGCUUCUAUAAAUCAGGGGUUGCUGGGUUUAAGACUGAAUAUUCUGGAAAUAGCUUUUAUUGAUAACAACAAUGAAAGAAAGGUUGCAUUUGCAUUAGUGCGGUAAUAGCAGACAACCCCUUUGACUGGUGGGAAUAGCCUUUAUUGUUGGAAACCCUUCUGUGCAAAAAUUCCAUACGGAACAGGGAAUAUCUACAACUGCUAUAAUGAUUGACUGCUGCAAAUAUCAGGAUCAAGUUAGAUGAGGUUCUUGGAACUGGUAUAGUGAUUUCUGGAAAUAUUUCCAUACAUCUUUGGUAACCAACCCAUUCUUUAACAAAGAGAAUAGAGAAAGAAUGUUUUAAGUUUUGUGGCUAGUUGCCUUCCUCCUGCAGGUCUCUUGAUAUUGAUGGGGCAAUGGCCUUUAGUAUCUAGAAUUGAUAGGGGUUUUUUGUUUUUUUGUUUUGUUUUAAAUCCAGUUUCCUAAUAUAAUUUUCAUACAUAUAAUGCUUAUUUGGCAGUGGUUCCCUUUUGAUGGAAAUCAUACAUAAUCCAAGGAGAAGGCAAAUUUCUUCAUAUAGCUGCAGAUAAAGAAGUGCUAUUGGGUGUCUUAGCACAAUCCAACCAUAACUUAUUUAGCUGUUCAAAUGGUAAAAAUAAUUGCAUUAUGCAAAAAAAGCCAAGCAGUAGAAUAAAAUCUGUCUGGAGAAUGUGGGAUGUGUGCUUUUCCUGCCAGUUCAAAAUAAACAUUUAACAAAUACUA